CAACAAGGGAGAGAACUGGAUGCAAUAGUAUAAAACCUGCUAGCACCAAGGUGCAUCUCGUUCAGAAUAUUCUUCGUACUAAGCGCAUCUAGUGAACGAUAGCAGAAUGUUCAAGUUGCUGUUGGCCAUCGCGUUGCUCAGUCAGUCACUGCUCGUCAGUGCGACCCUUUUUAAGAAAAAGAUAAUCAUCGCAUCCGAGAGUGAUGGUCAUGAUCAUGGUGGUGGUGGUGCCGGUGGCGGUGGCGGCGGAUUUUCCUUGGGUGGCGGAGGAUUCGGAAUUUCGUUUGGUGGCGGUUUGUCCGGUGGCGGCGCUGGAGUAGGCCAUGGCGGAAAUUAUGGUGGCCAUUCCGGUGGCGCUGGAGGUCCGGGUCAUUCCGGAGGAUCCGGCUAUGGAAAUGGUGGCGGUGGUAGUGGUGCUGGUGGUGGUAGUCACGCAUCAAGCAGUGCGUUUGCUAGUGCGUCCGCUAGUGCGGCCGCUGGAGCUGGUUCUACCGGAAAUGGUGGAGUUUACGGAACACAUCAGACCGGGCCCAGUGGAGCAGGAAACGAUGGUGGUUACGGUGGUGGAUAUGGAAGUUAUCAACCGGGUCCGGCGGGAGCUGGAAGUGGUAGUGCUUACGGACAAGGUGGUGCCCCUGGCGGUGGACAUGCUGUCCAUCAUGCUCCGUCGGAACACCUCACACCUCCCGGUGGAAGCUACCAAGGAGCUGUUGGUUCUGGUUCUGGAUAUGCCAACAGUUAUGCCAACAGCUACGCUAGUGCUGGUGCUAGCGCUGGUGGUAGUGCUGGGGUGCCCAGUGGACCAGCGAGUGGAGGUGGAUCAUAUCAGGGAUCACACCAGCAAGGAUCGCAUCAGCAGGGACCACAACAUCCGGGCGGUCAUCAUGGCGGUCACGGUGGUGGUUUUACGAAACAAAUCACUAUCACCAAACACAUCGAGGCACGACCAUCGCCACCGGUGAUCGUGGAGAAACCCGUACACGUGCCGGUCGAUCGCCCAUACCCGGUAUACAUCGAGAAGCAGGUUCCCGUGACGGUGAUCAAAGAAGUGCCCGUUGCGACCGGAGGACACUCAGGACACGGAGGAGCAAACUAUGGUGGUGCUGGUGCUGGAGGUAAUGGACGGUAUUAUGGCCAGCAGGCAGCUGGUGCAAGUGCCAGCGCACAUGCCAGUGCCCACGCCAGUGCGCAAGCGGGCGGUAGUGCAGGGGGAGCGAGCUACGGUGGACAACCGAGUGGUGGCUACGGUGGAGACGGUAACGGUGCCUCCGGAGCCGGCGGUCAUGGUGGCCACGGAGACCACGGUGCAGGAGCGACAUUCACGAAGACCAUUUCGUUCGAGAAGACCUUCAACAAGCACAAACACUUCUUGCAUCAUCAUCACGGCUGGUAGAACCCGAAACCAUACCAAACGGUUUCGUUCCGUGCAUCGUGCAAUGGCCCAUCGGGGAACGGACCACUAGCGGGUGUUGUAAUACCCUCGAAAUGACUAAUAAAUGUGUAAUUCCUUUUAACGAAGCAA